GACGAUGCUGCCUCUGAUGAGAGAAGGAGGAAGAAUGGCGGGAGGAUGUGAGAGGAAGACGAUACUAGUGUGUCUGAUUCUAGCUCUUGUUCUUGGCGUCGCUGUUUACUUAAGGCUAUGGACAAUCGAUUACACUCUAUCUUCUGAUGACACAGAACGCCUAAGGAGACAGUUUGAUUUGGCUAAUAGGGAAGCAAUGGAUGAAUCUGCAGAAUGGAGGAGAAUGUUUGACAGUGAAGCUGAGAAAGCUUCUAAGUGUAACAAAGAGCUGGCACUGAUCAAAGAGUCAUCUGGGAAUGGAAACACCUUUACUCUCAAUCGAAAGCUAGAGUCACUACAUAAGGAGAAUGCAGCGUUGCUCACUGAGAUACAGACAUUAAAACAAGAGCUGGAAGCUUCAAAGUUGAAGUGCCGUUCAAGAGAGGCACCUCGUUAGAUUAGUUUUCGUUGUAGACAUACACCGUUUGAUAUGGUUCUCGCUCGUUCCGCUGCUGGUGAGAAGCUACAUUGUAGUUCGUGAAGAAAGGCUGUGAAAGUUGUUGCAAUUGUGCCUCACUGUGAUUAGUUUAGUUUGUGUUGUUAUGCCUCUUUGGUCCUGUGAGAAUACAUUUAACUUCUGAAACUGUGGAGAAAUAAAAGUCGUUCAUUUU